CUUCGGAGGCUCGAGGUUGACGACUGGAGGUAACGAACAAAUGAUUGUGUAUGCGGCCGACUGAACACCCGAACCUCAGAGUAGAGUACUGUGAUACACAGAACCCGCGCGACCUAAAGCACGUCUCACGACACGCACGCGUUACGUGUUGUCAGGCCUGAGCGAUCGAUCGCCGAGAAACAAAGUUAGGCAGGCUGGACGCUGCCUGAUCAACCGAGAGGAAGGAAGAGUGGAUAGUAAAAAAAAGAAGCGGAUCUGUAGUCGGCCCCGGAGAGACUCUAUUUAUCCGUGUAACUUGCGUUCAAGCUUAUGGACCACGGGGCUCUGACAACGAACAACGCCUAAAAAAUACUUGGACGCUGUGAUGUGUGGCCAAAGGAAGUAAUCGAGCGGACAGCCCCUGCCCCUUCUCCGCUUUGACGCCACCACCUCCGCCUGGAGUCUUCAGCUAGUGCUGCACUUUGUUUCGGAUCCGAGCCUAAAACUUAAUAUUAAGGCGGAGUCUACACAGAAGACUGGCACAAAAGGCUUAUGGGGUCCUGAUUAGUCCUGACGGUCAGAGGCCAGGUCAUGGAGGCACAAGUGGAAUCGGACCGAGCUCUGCAUCAUGGAGAUAUCAAAGACCACCUUGGGACAUCAACUGCUUUGAUGAUCAAUGACACAUCGCCUCUGACACCAGGAAGGAUGAGCCAACGAGGAGGAAAAGAGGCACAUCUUGCCCAGACCAAAGACAUAACACACUCUGGAACGUUAAGCCCUGGGGUCACAUACAGUCAUGGUUUUGAGAGAGGAAAAGAAGACACUUUGCAGCCAAAAGAGGAUGCGGCUCAUCCCAUUUCAAAAAGCAAGUCAGAAUCUAAACUUUACAAUGGAUCUGACAAAGAAGUUUCAAACACUGGUAACAAGCUCACCAAGAAGGAGUCGCUUAAGGUUCAAAAGAAGAACUAUCGAGAGGAAAAAAAGAGAGCUACGAAGGAACUACUUAGCACCAUCACAGACCCCUCGGUUAUUGUCAUGGCAAACUGGCUAAAGAUCCGUGGAACACUGAAAAGCUGGACAAAGCUGUGGUGUGUGUUGAAACCUGGGGUACUCUUAAUUUACAAGACACCGAAAAAUGGUCAGUGGGUGGGAACAUUGCUUCUGAAUGCUUGUGAGCUGAUCGAGCGCCCGUCCAAGAAAGAUGGCUUCUGCUUCAAACUGUUUCAUCCACUGGAGCAGUCCAUAUGGGCAGUGAAGGGUCCAAAAGGAGAAGCAGUGGGAUCGAUCACCCAGCCAUUACCCAGCAGUUAUCUGAUCUUCAGGGCAGCUUCGGAGUCUGAUGGAAGGUGCUGGAUGGAUGCACUGGAGUUGGCAUUAAAAUGCUCAAGCCUUUUGAAACGUACCAUGAUUAGAGAAGGAAAGGAACAUGAGCUGAACAUCUCAGGAGAGCAUCCUCAGGUCAAUCUGUACAAUAUCCUGCGAGUCAACAACCUGCAAGGAGCUGAAAGCUUCCAGUUCAACGACAGCGAAAUUGAGCGUCAGCACUUUAAAGAUCAUGAUCUGUACUCUGACAAGUCGGACCGAGAGAAUGAACCGGACCAUGAGGAAUCUGACAAUGAUGUGGUGGAGAAAAGUGAGGAGAGUGACAGUGACACGUCUGAGCGCCAGGAUGACUCUUAUGUAGAUCCAGAACCCAUUGAGGUGCUGAGGGAGACCACAUAUAUGGAGCAGGGACCUGAAGAGCUUGGUGAGGCAGGAGAAGCCUCUCAGACUGAAACAGUAUCUGAAGAGAACAAAAGCUUAAUUUGGACGCUGCUGAAACAGGUGCGGCCAGGAAUGGACCUCUCCAAGGUUGUGCUGCCAACAUUCAUCUUGGAGCCCCGCUCUUUCCUUGACAAGCUCUCAGAUUACUACUACCAUGCAGACUUCCUCUCAGAAGCUGCCGUAGAAGAAAAUGCCUACAAUCGAAUGAAAAAAGUGGUGAAAUGGUACUUGUCUGGAUUCUACAAAAAACCCAAGGGUCUGAAGAAACCGUAUAAUCCAAUUCUUGGAGAAACAUUCAGAUGCAUGUGGAUCCACCCCAAGACAAACAGCAAGACGUUUUACAUUGCCGAACAGGUGUCUCACCAUCCACCAAUAUCUGCCUUUUAUGUAAGCAAUAGAAAAGAUGGAUUUUGCCUAAGCGGUAGUAUCUUGGCCAAAUCAAAGUUUUAUGGUAAUUCCCUGUCAGCCAUACUGGAUGGAGAAGCCAGGCUAACAUUCCUAAACCGGGGAGAAGAUUAUUUAAUGAACAUUCCAUAUGCACAUUGUAAAGGAAUCCUAUAUGGCACAUUGACCCUUGAACUGGGGGGUCAGAUAAACAUCUCCUGUGAGAAAACAGGCUAUAGUGCCUCGCUGGAGUUUAAGUUGAAGCCAUUCUUAGGCAGUAAUGACAGUGUUAACCAAAUCAGCGGCAAGAUCAAACUGGGAAAAGAAGUUCUGGCCACUCUGGAGGGGCAUUGGGACAGUGAGGUUGUUAUCUUUGACAAGAAGACAGGUGUCUCAGAAACCUUCUGGAAUCCAACGCCUGAACUGAGGCAGAGUCGUUUAAUACGUAGCACUGUGAUCUAUGAAGAACAAGGAGAUUGGGAGUCUGAAAAACUCUGGCAACAUGUCACUCGAGCCAUCAACAACAAAGACCAGGUGGAAGCUACCAAUGAGAAGUACAUCCUGGAGGAAGCACAGAGAAAAGCAGCUCGAGAGAGGAAAGCUAAGGGGGAAGAGUGGAACUGCAUCCUUUUUGAGCAAGACCUAGUGACUUUGGAAUGGCACUACAAAUAUGCAGAUACCCGUCCUUGGGAUCCGCUAAAUGACAUGAUACAGUUUGAGAAAGAUGGUUGGAUUCAGACAAAAGUGAGACAUCAGACACCCAUGGUACGUUCUGGCAGUGUAAUUAGUCUCAGUAACCAAGGGGCAAGGAGGGAGAAUUUCAAGUGCCAGGUCACUGUGCCCAAAAGGAAACGCAAACCCAAUGAAGCAACCAAUAGGGUGGAGAGUGGCUGUUCAUCCCCAGAGCCUGACCGACAUGACUCUUCAGGAAGUGAAAGACACAAAGCAAAGCAUAAUACAAGAUUAAAGAAAAAAUGUUCUGACCUCAGUGAACUUCAGAGUGCCAUUGAAUCCAUUAAGCAUGCACAAAGUGAAAUAAACCGGAGUAUCAUUGCUUUAAGAAGCCGAGCCCUGGCAGCACAACCUCAGUCGGACAGCAGUUUUCUGCAGCAGAGAGACUAUGUUAUCAUUUUCCUGCUUGUCCUCCUCCAAAUCUUCAUUAACUUUCUCUUCAAGUAGCCAAGCUUUAGAUGCCAUCAUGAGCAAAGAACAAUAAGCAACAUAAGGGACCAGACUGGCAGCCUCUUGUGCCAAUGAGGAUGCCACCUGCAGAACAUGAAGACACUGCUGCUGUUAAACUUUUCCAUCCUUAGUGAAGCCAAGUCCGUUUCCACAGUCUACCACUGGAUGUGAUGGGCGGUCUAGAAUAGUGGACACUUUCUAAAUGUCGAGAUGCCAGAAAGUUUUAUUUGGAAUGCAUCUUUAAAGCAUGACAUUUCAACGCCUGUUAUUGGCUCAGAACCCAUUAACUGGUCGAGACUUCCGGGUGCUUACCCCCAUCGUAUAUCUUUGAGAAUGCCGCCGUGCACAUUUGUAAUCAAAAUCCGCCGAAGUUCGCAUGAGUCAAAUUGGUAAAGUGAAUAUUGCGCAGACUCUGCUGGCCUUCGUUACGCCUGGUUUUUACCGAACUAGCAGUCGACGGAUUUUAGUUGCUGGUAGUUAUGUAAAUUGAUUAGAAGAUUAGCUAUUUUUUUAUUUAUAAAUGAGCGCCACGAAACUAGUGUAUCUGUUAUAUUAUCACAGCAAUACUGUAUACAGUGCGUGGUGUGUAGAGUUGUGAUUGUGGGGCAGGAUAGCACCGCUAGGGUUUAAUGUAGCAGCUUCAACCUGUAUAAAGCACUCCUUACUUUGUACGCCCCUCAACAUCAGUCAGAUGCAGAAAAUCUCAAUGAACAAAACACGCGGAGAAAAGGCCAAAUGUAACUUUUAGAAUGUAAAUCUAGCACACUGGUACAGUGACUGUAAAUAGAUAGUACUGUAUUUAAUUAUACAGGUGUAUAUAUAGUUUUUAAUUAAAAAAAAUUGAUUUGUUAAUUAUACUUUUUUUGGGAGAAAGGGGGACAUCAAAUCAAAGAUCAUCAUUUAUAGUCACUCAACAGCAUUUUUUUAACGCCAUAUUUGGAUACCAGUUAUAGAAACCUUUGCUAAUCAGUGCCUUUGUGAUGGAUCUGUGUGAGGAGGGUAGGAGGGCGCAGUCUUGUUGGUGCCAUUGAGAAGAGCAAAUGUGCAGACAAGACUCUCAUAAUCUUCCCAUUACUCCAGGUAUUCCUGCCGCACCGUUUUUGUCGUUCGCUGUGCACGUCACCUGUCUCCACGGGACCUGGGAAGACCACUUGCCACCUUCGUUGUUUGCAUUCAUUCCAUCACUCAGUUUUCCUCAUUAGCCUCACUCUGUCAGUCACAUCUUAUCACCUUCUAUUUUAAACUUUGGACCCACGUGCAAAUGUAGAUGUUCAGCCCUUUCAGCUUGUUCAUGUGUAUUUAUUUGUAAAACUGGUUGUAUGCUUUUUACCAUAAACAAUUUUUAAAAAUUGCCACGAUAUGUUUCUAUCUGUGUCUUGCGUUCGGUUUGUUUGUUUCUUUCCAAUUGUUUACUUUGUUCAUAAUAAAGCAAAAAUGACAGAC